ACCUUCCAGAUUCCGAUUUUCCUUGAGCAUCCGCAAUUCCAGUUCCCCAGUUCGAUAUUCACUCUACCUUGGGAAUACCGGAAAUACAAGCGAACUCCGAGUUGAAGUCUAGCUAGAUCUUCAAGGCCGCACCCUUAGCCAAGGCCCGUCCAAGUCCCCAUCCCAACCCAGCAUAUCGCGGGACGGUCUGACGUAAUUCCGGGGCUUGCAGCGACGCUUGUUUGGAAAGCUGACAGAUCCGUGUUGCAUAUCGUUUUCGAAGCUUACUAGAAGCUGUCGACAGCGUCCCCAAGGCCGAGAAGCUUGGACACGGCCGGGAUCGUCGGGAUCUUCGAAAUCGUCGGGAUUGUCGCGAUCCGCGAGGUUGUCGGGAUCGUCGGGGUUGUGUCGUCAUGGCAGCUGCGAGUCCCGCAGAGUGGUACAAUUCUCUGCCGCCGGUCAGCAAGGCGUGGGGCACGGCUCUAUUCGCGACGGCAUGCGCCAUGCAGCUGAAAGUGCUGCCAGUGCAGCUCAUUUUCCUCGACUACACGCUCAUAUUCCAGAAAUUCCAGAUAUGGCGUCUCGUUACAAGCCUCCUCUUUGCAGGUGGUUUCAGCAUGAGAUUUGUCUUCACCCUCCUCAUGGUGGCUCGCUACUGUGUACAGAUGGAGACGUCCGCCUUCGCAGGAAGAACAGCGGACUUCCUCUACAUGCUGAUGGUCAACACGCUCAGCCUGCUGCUCAUCGCGCUCAUCAUCCCCUUCAAAAUCUUCUUCCUCAGCGAGCCGCUGCUGCUCUCCGUGCUCUACCUGUGGAGCCGAGAGAACCCCAACGGUGUCGUCAACUUCAUGGGGCUCUUAUCCAUGCCGGCGUUCUACCUCCCCUGGGCGUACCUGUUCAUGGACCUGCUCUUUGGCAUGAGCAUCGUUGACCCGCUAGCCGGCAUUGUGGCCGGCCACAUCUACUACUUCCUCACGGCCGUGUAUCCCAGGACAGGGGGACCCCAGCUCAUUCACACGCCUCUUUGGGUCCACCGGCUCGUGGCACAGUGGGCGGCUGUAGCGCCAAACAUGGUGCAACCACAGGCACCUCCGCGGGCCAACCAGGGUGCGCCACCUGGCGGCCGCGGGCCUGCAGCAGGAGCAGCGGGAGGGGCGGCAGCAGCAGCAGGGGCUGGUGGUGGUGCUGUGUUUAGGGGGCGAGCAUACAGGUUGGAUAGAGAUUAGGGUAGCAGCAGCAGCAGCAGCAGCAGCAGCAGCAGCAGCAGCAGCAGCAGCAGCAGCAGCAGCAGCAGCAGCAGCAGCAGCAGCAGCAGCAGCAGCAGCAGCAGCAGCAGCAGCAGCAGGAGUUGGUGAUGGUGCUGGCUCUGAGUCUGGUGGUACUGCAUUUCGGGGGGACAACUACUAGAUUGAACUGGGGCCCCAUUAUAUCCGGGUACAAUGCCCUGAUUACCCCGAUUUUCAGGCCGUUUUUUAUGCUGGGCUGAUUCUCCAGGCUUCGGAGAACCCUCACUUCAAAAAAAGGUGUAGCUUUGUUCCAAUCCAGGUUCGCGGACCUGCGGCCCAGUGCAGCAAGGCAGGGCAACAAGGCAACUAUCCUGAAACCAAUAACUCCAAGCCCAUCGUGCAUAACAGGCACAAUUUCUGCCACACCCCUGUAAUUCUGCCAGCGAGGGCAGUCUGCCACCCACUCACUCACAUGCACUUAUAGUGCAGCGGUGGUAGCAUUUGUUAUUGUUGUUAUGGUCAGCAGCACCCUGUUGACGAACAGGCUGUUCAAUCAGGCUUGAAAUAAUGUUCACUGAUAAACCAUGCCACGGGAGUUCGCUACCUCAGGUGCCAGGGUGUUUUGGCCCGCUGCUGACCCUGGCUUCGAAGGGUGCGACAAAUUUCAUUUUGGGUCCAUGCCGGGAUUACGGACGAGGCCGCUUGGAGCUACAGAACCAUCCAUGGCUCUGUGCAACAAUGUAGGGGGUGGCUCCCCUUACAGUCCUGCAGUGUUUAGGCACACACGAGCU